UUUUUUGGAAUUAUUACAAAAAAAUAUUUUUUAUUAAAAAACUGAAUACUUUACCAGGACCAAAAGCAUUGCCACUUAUUGGCAGCUUUUAUCAUUUUCUUUUAAAAAAAGAUAUUAUAAAAACUAUACAUGAUUUCUCAAAAGAUUAUCCUUCUCUUUGUCAAGUUUGGAUGGGCAGCAAGUUAUUCAUUGCGGUAUAUAAACCAGACGAAGCGAAAACUAUUUUACACAGUAGAAAUUGCAUAGAUAAAAGUAUCUUAUACAAAUUUCUUCAACCAGCAUUUGGCACGGAAUCAUUGAUUAUUUCUGAAUCCAUGUGGAGUCGAAUGAGAAUAAUGACUGCACCAACAUUUAGUUCAUUUAUGUUACAAAGUUUUUUUAAUACGUUUGUUGAACAAUCUGUAGCACUUACAUGUGAAUUAGAAAAAGUUGGU